AUGGCCACCCAUUCUGAGCCCCUCCAUCCCGAGAUUUACAUCGGGGAUCCAGAAUUCACCUCUCUAUUCCUUCCUUCGGUAAUCUCCGACCAUGCGUCAGUUCAGUGCCAGCUAGAUCUUUAUGGCAGUGACAGUGUUGGGUCGAAGUUCGGCUGCAUCAACGCCCACGCAGGCAAUUUCACUUCGCUAUGUGCACCGAACUGCUUGCCCGAGAGGCUCGCUCUUAUCUGUUACACCAUUGAUUACGGAUUCAUCCAUGAUGGUACGGGAGCAAGGAAAAUUAAAUUUGCUAGUUUGGACGAGUACCUCGCAUUUAGGGUCGUUGAUGUUGGUGCAAUUUGGACGCUUGCGCUCAUUCGAUGGGGAACCGGAAUCUAUCUCACCCCCGAGGAAUAA